AUGACGCGAUCGUCGAGCGACACGUCCUCGAGCGACGCGCGCGACGUCGACGACGUCGACUCGCGCUCGGCGUCGUCGUCCGACGAGGACGAAGGCACCGACGGGUACAAGCGCGGCGGCUACCAUCCCGUGUCGAUCGGCGAGCGAUACAACGACGACCGCUACGUCGUCGUGAAAAAGCUGGGCUGGGGACACUUCUCCACGUGUUGGCUCGUCGAGGACGCGCGCGCGCGCGGCGCGUCGGGCGAAGACGGCGCGGUGAAGACGCUGCGAGCGCUGAAAAUUCAGAAGAGCAGCGGGAGUUACACCGAGGCGGCGCGGGACGAGAUUGAGAUAUUGAAACAAGUGAAGGAGGGAGACACGGGAGACGGCGACGAAGCGACGAAUGUUGUGUGCUUGUACGAUAGUUUCACGCACGAAGGACCGAAUGGGACGCACGUGUGCAUGGUGUUCGACGUGUUGGGGGAUAACUUGUUGACGCUGAUCAAGCGGUACGAGUACUUGGGGGUGCCGUUGUUGGGAGUGAAGGCGCUGACGAGGGCGAUGUUGAAGGGAUUGAGGUAUUUGCACGGAAAGAAGAAUAUAAUUCACACCGAUUUGAAGCCCGAGAACGUGCUCUUGACUUUCAAGCUUCCGGAGAAGAAGCGAAGGAGGAAGAAACGCGGCAAGUCGAGCAAGAAAAAGGCGACCGAGGACGAAGCGAAGCCGACGAUUGAAUCCCAGAUUGAGGCCUUGGACAAUCUUGACGCGAAAAUUUGUGAUUUGGGUAACGCGUGCUGGGUCGAUCGCCAGUUCACGCAAGACAUUCAGACGAGACAAUAUCGCUCGCCCGAGGUCAUCCUCGGUGCGAAGUAUGACACGAGCGCUGAUAUAUGGAGUCUCGCGUGCAUCGUUUUCGAGCUCGCCACCGGGGACGUGUUGUUCGACCCCAGAAGUGGGAAGGACUACGAUCGCGACGAGGACCACCUGGCGCUCAUGAUGGAGCUCAUCGGACGCAUGCCCAAACAUCUUGCGUUAUCGGGCAAAUACAGCAAAGAGUUCUUCAACCGUAAUGGUGAACUUCGACACAUCCGCUCGCUCAAGUUUUGGCCGUGCGAACGGGUGUUGAUGGAGAAGUACAACAUGAGUGAAACAGACUCGAAGGAGUUGAGCGACUUUCUCUCGCCCAUGCUCGAUUUCAAUCCAUCGAAGAGAGCGAGCGCCGAGCAAAUGCUCGAGCACCCUUGGCUACAAUUCUAAACAUUUCUACUAAUCAUCUAGCACGCGCGCGCGC